CCGGAAGUGGAGUCCUGCUAACGGAGAGAGGGAGAAAUUAAAAUGUCUGUAAAGAGGAAAGCGGAUAAUGCGAUCCCAGCCGAGGAGAGCGACCAGCUGCUGAUCAGACCCCUGGGUGCUGGACAGGAAGUGGGACGAUCAUGUAUUAUUUUAGAAUUCAAAGGAAGAAAGAUAAUGCUGGACUGUGGGAUCCACCCUGGGUUAGAAGGGAUGGAUGCGCUCCCGUACAUUGACUUGAUUGACCCAGCAGAGAUUGAUUUACUUCUGAUAAGUCACUUCCAUUUGGAUCACUGUGGUGCCCUGCCAUGGUUCCUGCAGAAAACCAGCUUUAAGGGCCGGACGUUCAUGACCCACGCCACCAAGGCUAUUUACCGAUGGCUGCUUUCAGAUUAUGUCAAAGUCAGCAAUAUUUCAGCAGAUGAUAUGCUGUAUACGGAAACCGACCUGGAGGAUAGCAUGGACAAGAUUGAGACCAUUAACUUUCACGAGGUGAAAGAAGUGGCAGGAAUCAAGUUUUGGUGUUACCACGCUGGGCACGUAUUGGGUGCAGCCAUGUUUAUGAUUGAGAUAGCUGGUGUGAAGCUUCUUUACACAGGUGAUUUCUCCAGGCAAGAGGACAGACAUCUGAUGGCUGCAGAAAUCCCAAACAUAAAACCAGAUAUUCUCAUCAUUGAAUCCACUUAUGGCACUCACAUCCAUGAGAAGCGAGAAGAGAGGGAGGCACGUUUCUGUAACACGGUGCAUGACAUUGUGAACAGAGGAGGCAGAGCACUAAUCCCUGUGUUUGCUCUGGGGCGAGCGCAGGAGCUCCUCUUGAUUUUGGAUGAGUACUGGCAGAACCAUCCAGAACUGCAUGACAUCCCCAUAUAUUAUGCCUCGUCCCUGGCCAAAAAGUGCAUGGCUGUGUACCAAACCUAUGUGAACGCCAUGAAUGACAAGAUACGCAAGCAAAUAAACAUCAACAACCCAUUCGUCUUUAAACAUAUCAGCAAUCUUAAGAGCAUGGAUCAUUUUGAUGACAUUGGCCCGAGCGUGGUAAUGGCCUCUCCUGGUAUGAUGCAGAGCGGUCUGUCACGCGAGCUGUUUGAGAGCUGGUGCACAGACAAGAGGAAUGGCGUGAUUAUAGCUGGUUACUGUGUGGAAGGGACACUUGCCAAACACAUUAUGUCAGAACCUGAGGAAAUUACCACCAUGUCUGGUCAGAAACUAGGACUCAAGAUGUCUGUAGAUUAUAUCUCCUUCUCCGCCCACACGGAUUACCAGCAAACUAGCGAGUUUAUCCGGGCACUGAAACCUCCGCACGUGAUUCUGGUGCAUGGUGAGCAAAAUGAAAUGGCUCGUCUCAAAGCUGCUCUGAUCCGAGAAUAUGAAGACAAUGAGGAAGUGGACAUUGAGGUGCACAACCCAAGGAACACAGAAGCUGUCACAUUGAACUUCAGAGGAGAGAAAUUAGCUAAGGUAAUGGGUUCUCUAGCAGACAAGAAGCCAGAACAAAGUCAGAGAAUUUCAGGGAUUCUUGUGAAAAGAAACUUCAAUUAUCAUAUUCUAUCCCCAAGUGACCUCUCCAGUUACACUGAUUUAGCCAUGAGCACAGUUACACAGACACAAGCCAUCCCAUAUACAGGUCCUUUUGCCCUGCUGAGCUACCAGCUACAGCAAAUUACAGGAGAGGUGGAAGAACUUGAAAUCAAUGAAAAGGAUGCCCUGCGAAUAUUCAAGGCUAUCACUGUGAUAAAGGAGCAAGGCAUGGUUCUGUUGGAGUGGGUAGCAAAUCCUACCAACGAUAUGUUUGCAGACACUGUAGUAACUGUGAUCCUGGAACUCCAAUCAAAUCCUAAAAUACAAAAAGCUGCAACUUCAACUCACAAACUCCCCAAGCAAGUGGAUAUGGAUACGUAUAGUAGGAGGCUGGAGAUCAUGCUACAGGAUAUUUUUGGUGAAGACUGUAUAAGUGCAAAGGAUGGUAAUUCUAUCACCGUCUCUGUAGAUGGGAAAACUGCUAACCUGUCUCUGGAAACACGGGUUGUGGAGUGUGAGGAAGGAAUCGAUGAAGAUGAGACUCUGCGGGAACUGGUUCAGUCAUCGGCGCAGCGACUGUAUGAUUCUCUCUGUCCGGCAAACUUGUAAAAUACUAAUCUUCACAAUGUCUCUAUUGGAUUCGGGUUUUUUGUUUUUUAACAUCUUUUUG